AUGGUCUCCAAGAGAGCAAUUCCAACAAGCAUCACUGGAGCCGAUGAUUCAGUGACCUACACUAUGUACGCUAGGAAUCAUAACCUACCAGAAAGUCAAGGUUGUAAACUUCUUAGAAAUAUAGUCAAAGACAAGAAGAAACUUCUUUGUCCAACCAACCAAGUCAAGCUGGGAUUGCUACAUACUACUACACCAAAGUAUAUGUACAAGUACAAGAUCAAGAAGGACCACAAUGGCGUCCUUCAACUUGACAAACUCCAUGGCAACACCAACUGGAUGCAUGCCGCCAAAGUCGAGAUAGAUCUGCUUGCAAUGUACAAGGAUCUUGUGGAUAUGGGGAGAGGAACCCCAACACCAAAAGAUCACCAAAAGUUCCGAGUGCAACUUGUCAAUGCCCUUAAACAUUGUGACAAACACAAGCCCAGACUCCCACCUUACGGUGACUUUACCUAUGUACCGGCAAACAAAACAAAACCCCACUGUCUAUUGACAGACCAAUCAGUUGUGGGUACAAUCCAUCAUAUGUUGAAUGGAACCCUAAUUGAUUUCUUCUCUAAGGAGCAGGCAACUGUUGAGACUGCUACUUAUGGUUCUGAGUUUGUAGCCACUCAAACCUGUGUCAAACAGAUCAUGGAUCUUCAACAGACCCUGAGGUUCCUUGGUGUGCCAAUCAAAGGUCAAAGCUACAUGUUCGGUGACAAUGAAUUUGUUGCGAACAGUUCUUCCCGACCUGAAGCUAAGCUACACAAGCAUUGUCGUUCCACGGUGUGA